GAAAAAAGCAGCAGUUAAAACGAUUCAUAGAAUACACACGCAUACACAGUGCACACACUCUCUCUCGUCUGAAGGAACCAACCCAUCACAACUACCUGUCCACGAAGCUUCCUUCACGCCUUCCUUCAUCUUCCUCCCUCUUCCUCCAUUGCUCAAAAAACUUUUAUAUAUAUAUAGACACACACAUAUACACCAAUAUAUAUAUAUGCCAGAGACAAAUCAUCGUCGAAGAAUUCCGGUGAGGCACCGGAGAAAUAGACAGCCGCAUCCCUCGCCGUCUCCUCAACGGCGAACGCCACCGCCGGCGCCUCGGCGCUCAUCGAAACCUUCGAGGCCGGUUAAGAUCCUAAAGAGAUGCAAGUCAGAGCCUACUUUGUGGACCGUCGACGUCGGCGGCGACGAUCAUCGGAAUCUAAAGGCGCCCGACGACGCUGUGCUUUUCCGACCGCUUACUUGUACGGACAUCUUCUCGGCUCCUGAGUUGUUAUCUCGAACUCCUCCAGAAAUCGAGAGUUAUAACAAGGAUGCCAAGGUCGUGCUUAAUGUGACAGUUGAAGGAAGUGUUGGUCCGAUCAGGACUAUGGUCAAAUUGGGAUCAAGUGUGGACGAGACAAUAAGGCUCGUUCUUAACAAGUAUGGCGAAGAAGGGCGGAGUCCUCAGUUUGAUAAAAAGGCUGCUUCGUCUUUCGAAUUACACCACUCAUACUUCAGUCUUCAAAGUUUGAAUAAAUCAGACGUGAUCGGAGAUGUUGGAAGUAGAAGUUUCUAUCUUCGAAAGAACAAUAGUGAUUAUAGCAGCAGCGGCGGAGAAAUUGUACCUGCGGGAAGAGGAAGUGCUCCUCAACAAGCACAGCAUUUUCUCUAUUCCCUCCCAGGUUUAAUUGCUAGGAAGAUAGACAAAAUUAUUAGAAGAGCUCGUAAACUGUGGAAUAUGUUGGGUUGCUUGAAUUGUGGUGGAUGACCCGUGAUGCCGCAUCCAUACUAGAGUAACAUAAAAAUAUUAUAAUCUUGUUACUCUUCUCGACCACCUUGUUGUGUAUUGGUGGCGGUCAUUCCUUUUUAUUUUUUCUAUUAUUUUUCUAUCGACCAUAAAUAUUCUCUCCUAUACGUAACUUGUAAAUACAACCUUGUAUUAUCCUCAUUUGUUCUUGAUCAUCCACUUCAUGAGAAAAUUCUCCGUGGAAAGAUCCUUGUUACAAAAUUAUAAUGUCAAGUGUUCAAAAGUUUAUUUGGGAUAUAUGGUAAGAAUGUUUCCAAGUUCGUUUGUA